AUGGAUCCUGCUCAGUUGGAGUCGACCUUGGCAGCUACACUUCAAGUGGUGGAGGCUCAACGAGCGCAGCUCCACACCGCCCAGGAGGAGCUCGAAACCUUGCGCCUGCAGCUGGAAUCCGAGCGCAGGGCAAAGGAGGUGGCAGAGGAGAAGCUCCGCGAGGCUUCAGUUGACUUUGCGCGAAAGCUCUCGCAGAUGCAGGCGCGCGUCUUCGAAGCGGAGCGGGACGUGGUUUUGGGCGGCCAGGUCCUGGUGGCACGCAGCGGUCCCGGAACUUCGGGAAUUGUGUCAGCCGCCGUGGAAGGACCUCCUCGGCUCCCGGGCGAGACGCCUCGUGGCCCGCGGCGCGCGCCCGUGCCGCCGCCGCCACGCUCGGGAGAUGAGGCAGCCUUUAGCCGGAGCCAUGUGCCCGGAGCCAGCGGCGUCGGCAGUGGGUCUCGCCGCACGCGCUCGGCGCAGCAUACGCAGCGGCUGGAGCCUUUGCUGAGCGAUGCAGGGUGUGCCACUGUGCUGGCGGUGAAUUGGCCGAGCGAUGAACUGGAAGAGGUAGAGCAAAGCCUCAAGGAGGAUAGCUCGAAGCAGAAGAAGUUCUGGUCCGUGGCCGUUCAGGCCUUGACACUGACCUUCUUGGCCGAGUGGGGAGAUCGAUCUCAGAUCUCUACCAUCGCCUUGGCCGCCGCCAAGGACCCCUUGGGCGUGACCUUGGGCGGCAUCAUCGGUCAUUCCUGCUGUACGACCUUGGCAGUCAUGGGUGGCCGUGUGUUGGCGGAACACAUCUCCGAGCGGAUGGUGGUCACCGCCGGCGGAGUCCUCUUCCUCUGCUUUGCACUACAUGGCGCCAUCAUGGGCGCCGACUGA